AUGGGAGUUAGAGAGAAGGAUCCGUUAGCCCAGUUGAGCUUACCUCCAGGUUUUCGUUUUUACCCGACAGAUGAAGAGCUUCUUGUUCAGUAUCUCUGUCGGAAAGUUGCAGGCUACCAUUUCUCUCUCCAGAUCAUCGGAGAUAUCGAUCUCUACAAGUUCGAUCCUUGGGAUUUGCCAAGUAAAGCUUUGUUUGGGGAGAAGGAAUGGUACUUCUUUAGCCCAAGAGAUCGAAAAUAUCCGAACGGGUCAAGACCCAAUAGAGUUGCCGGGUCAGGUUAUUGGAAGGCAACGGGUACCGACAAGAUCAUCAUGUCGGAUGGUCACCGUGUCGGGAUUAAAAAAGCUCUGGUUUUCUACGCCGGGAAAGCUCCAAAAGGCACGAAAACAAACUGGAUUAUGCACGAGUAUCGACUCAUCGAGCAUUCUCGUAGCCAUGGAAGCUCCAAGUUGGAUGAUUGGGUGUUAUGUCGAAUCUACAAGAAAACAUCUGGAUCUCAGAGACAAGCUGUUGCUUCUCCGGUACAAGCUUGCCUUGAAGACCAGAGCACGAACAUGUCGUCGUCGCCGUCUUCUUCGUCUCAGCUCGACGACGUUCUUGAUUCGUUCCCGGAGAUGAAAGACCGGUCUUUUGAUCUUCCUCGGAUGAAUUCGCUCAGGACGAUUCUCAACGGCAAUUUCGAAUGGGCUAGCUUAGCAGGUCUUAAUCCCAUGCCUGAGCUAGCUCCGAUGACCUACGGUUUAUCGAAUUACGGAGGUUACCACGCGUUCCAAUCGGCGGAGAGCGGGUGUAGGAGUUCGCAGGUCGAUCAGGAGCAGAACUCGACCGAGUUGACUCAGAGUCUCGGGUACAGCUCGAGCGGGUUCGGACUUUCGGGUCAAAUGUACGAGUUUAGGCAAUGAGAGAUGGGUUAAUGUAAUUUGGCUACUCAUAUGAGUGGACGCGGUU